AUUGAUUUUACUGUUUCGGUUCCGUGUUCAGUGUGCCUUCAGGCUUUAUCCGAAAUGGAGCGAUCUAACAUCAGUGCCGGAGAAAAUAAAAAAAACCGUUCCACCUUGAAAAAGAUCAAGAGCAUUGAUAAAAUACAUAAGACAUAUUUACCUAAAACGUCGGACAGCAAGUUGAAAAAAUUACACUCUUCUAAAAUAAAAAUUAAAAACACCGAAAAUAGUAAAAUCAAAAAUAACAAUCUUGAUCCUAAUAAUACGGAUUCCAAUACUACUGAGCGUAGUUUUCUAAACUUUGGACCAAAAUCACGUGAUCGUUUUUUCGGUCUUUAUCCUCACGGCAAACCGCCUAGUAGUGACCAUUAUACCGCGUCCACGAAAACAUACGAAAACAUGCCCGAAGCAACUGGCACGCGACAAUCCGCGGACUUAGAAAAUCGUGCUCGCAUUUCUUUCGGGGAAAUGAGUAAGCCAAGUGUGAAUUCCACGUCCACGACAACUUUAAAGAACGAAGCUGCUGGUAUGCGACAAUCCGCGGACUUAGAAAAUCAUCGUGCUCGCAUUUCAUCCGGGGAAAUGAGCAAGCCAAGUGUGAAUUCUUCAUCCUCGGAGUGUUCGGCCAACGGCGGUGCUCCGAUCAGUUUAAACCAAAUGAACUGUGUUACCUUCGCCGAACCGGAAAUAGGAAAUAUAUCUUUCUCCGACCCAGAAUCAUCUAGCUCGACAAAUGUGCGUGGUCGUGAAUUUUUAAUUCCCUCUGGGACUUGUAAAUGCCACGAUCUGGGAUUAAACUGUUUUUGCUUCUGCCAAAGUGAUAUGCAAACAGAGCCGGGUUCAAUAGAUAGUACAACCCCAUCGAAUUUCAGUUCCGUUGAGCAACUAGAAGUAACGGUUGAGGAUCCUUGUUUCUCGGAUUCUAAUGAAGAAAUCGCUGGAGGUGACAAGGAUUCCGAUGAGAAAAUCGCUGGAGGUGACAAGGAUUCCGAUAAGAAAAUCGCUGGAGGUGACGAGGAUUCCGAUGAGAAAAUCGCUGUAGGUGACGAGGAUUCCGAUGACAUUGAGCAGAACCAAGAUUCAGAGGAUCGCGGAUUUCAAAUGCCGGAUCCCGAAAUCCGCAAUUCUAUCACGCAAUUUGUUACUACUACAACUGUUACGCGCUCGGUGAGCAGUUUUUCCAUGGGGCUACGAUCCCCCAGCAUUCCAUCAAGUAGGACUUAUUGUGGUCCGCCUCCGCCGGAGGAACGCAAUUGUCUGGAUAUCGACGGAAUCCUUAGAGCCCGACACCGACGACCACCACCGAGACCAAACAGCGUCAACGAUAUGCUGCAGAGCCAAUCGGUUUAUAUGUCCGAUUACAGGCCGAUUAUGCCCAUGGGCCGUCAGAUUAACCAGUUUCCGGAACCACGAUACGGACGUCGGCCUUUUGACGGAGGACGCCGUUUUCGGGAUAUGCCAAUGCGCGGCGGGUUUGAACCCAGAUAUCGCGUUCCCAUUGAACCGUUUAUUAUCGAUCCUUACCUCCCGGACAUGCCAAAUGGAGGUGGAUUCGAAGGCAGAUAUCGCGUUCCCACUGAACCGAUUUUUAUCGGACCCCAUCCCCAGGACAUGCUUCCGGAAGACGGAAUUGAGAUCAAUUAUGCCUUUGCCCCCGAACCGUUUUCUUCAAAUCCGUAUGUUGGUCGCUAUCCUUCACCUGAACCAAAUCCAUUCCCCUAUUCACCUGGUUACUCCACUGGAACCUAUGGAACAGGGGCAAACUACAUGGAACCACAGGGCCGCUAUCGUCCUCGUUCGGGCCCUGGUUACGGCCGCCCUUCUCCAUACGGUCCUCCAAUGUGGGGUCCAUAAGGUUUUCAUUGACGGACAGAAGCGGUAUAGGGCAGAAGACCACGAUCGUUAUGAAGUAAGAUCCUCAUGAAAAUACAGAUACAAGCAAUACACUUUGAAAAACACAAGCAAAUUCAGGAAAUUCCAAUGAAGA